GAAUGCGGGCUCCGCUGGGCCAUGAAUAGCCUGGGACGGAUACGGCGGCCGGAGCCGGAGGGGAGAGAGAUGCUGGCUGCUGCUUUAGGCAUCUCAACUGGAAAGGGAAAAAAUUGAUCCCAGCGACUGAGUUAGCAUUUGGCAUCCUUGGACAGCUGAUGCCUGCCCUGGGCCUGCCACAUUGCACAGCUUGGAAUGGCCAGUGCCCUCUGCUUCCGACAUCUAGCUUAUCCAUGAUGCAGCCAACCGGAGAGAGCUCUGGUAAGGAUUCUCAGCGUCCUGCUUUAUGGCUUAGCAUGUUGUCUGAACUCGGCCACUGUGGUUUCCAAGCCAUGAUUUAUGGGGACCCAGCCAUCAUUGAUGAACUGAUUAAGGAAGAUGGUUUUGGGGAGAGUCCUGGGCCCGCCAAGCUGAUUCCCAGGAGCACUGACUUCACACCACCGGCGGAGAUGCAGCGCCUCGUCGAGCCUGGAGGGUUGAGCCUCCUGCAGACGGGGCCCUAUGGGGUCUCUGGCCUCCUGGCCCCGGGCUCCCCCCAGGAUUCCUUCCCCUCCCAGCUGUCCCAGAGCCUCAAUAACUUGACGUUGCGGUCUCAGCUGACCCCCAGAGCGAUGCCGCCCCUUCCUCUCCCCAGCAGCCGGUGCGCUGAUGCUCCUUGGACCCCUCCUGCCCCGUCGCGGUGCCCCGUGGUGCCCCACGAGCCGCUGGAUGACGUCAUGCGGGAACCCCCCAAGCUGGUGAUCACCGAGCAGCCUAAGCAGCGAGGGAUGCGCUUCCGGUAUCAAUGCGAAGGACGGUCUGCUGGUAGCAUCUUGGGGGAAGGGAGCACCGAGACGAACAAAACGCUGCCCACCAUUGAGCUGCAGAACUUUGCUGGGAUCCCAGAAGUGAAAGUGACGGCUUGCCUGGUCUGGAAGGACUGGCCUUAUCGGAUCCACCCCCACAGCCUGGUAGGGAAAGACUGCAACAGUGGGCUCUGUGAAGUGACCCUGAAGCCUCGAGUCAAUGCCAGGCACAGCUUUAACAACCUUGGGAUCCAGUGUGUGAAGAAGAAAGACAUAGAAGAAUCCAUAGAGAAAAAGCUACAGCUUGGAAUUGACCCUUUCAAAGCUGGUUCACUAAAGAACCACCAGGAGGUUGACAUGAACGUGGUCCGAAUCUGUUUUCAGGCCUCCUAUCAGGAUUCCACAGGAAAGACGUGGCACCUGAACCCUGUCCUCUCGGAACCCAUCUUUGACAAAAAAUCCACAAACACAUCAGAGCUCAAAAUCUACCGGAUGAAUAAAGAACACGGAACCUGCGCAGGUGGGGAGGAGCUCUAUUUGCUGUGUGACAAAGUCCAAAAAGAAGAUAUCUCCAUUGUUUUCCGGAAGGAGGCUUGGGAAGGCAAAGCUGAUUUUUCCCAAGCUGAUGUUCAUCGGCAGAUUGCCAUUGUGUUCAAGACCCCCCCUUACCAACACCUGGACAUCCCCGAGCCAGUGGAAGUGGAGGUGUACCUGCGUCGCUUGACUGACAGUGUUUCCAGUGAACCUUUCACUUUCACCUACCUGCCCAAAGACAAUGAUACAUACCGGGUCAACAAAAAAAGGAAGCAAGGUAUGCCCGAUGUCCUGGAGGAACUCUCUGGCCCAGACCCUCAUGGGAUUGAAGCAAAGAGGAAGAAGAAGAAGCCUGACUAUAUGGACCAUUUCAACUUGACUCCUUCAGCAGACAUCUCCCUGUCCUGUCCCGAGGAUGGGAAUUUCCUGGCCAGCUUGGAACGCAUCACUGUGCCGGACCUGUUUGAGGAAUUCAGUCGGAUUCCAGGAUUUUCACCCUACAGCGGCCCAAGCCUGAGUGAUGUGGUCCUACCUUCUGCUACAAACUAUUCAGAAAGGGCAGAACAGGAAUUCUUGCUUGAUGCUUAUUCUGUCCAUUCGGGCAUAACUGUCCCCAUUGCGCUGCCUGGAGACUGUGAGCCCGAAGGUGUGGCCACCUUGGUAGGAAACAGCAUGUUCCCGAGCCAGUACAAAGAGGUCGAAGAGCAUCUAGAAAUGGGGAGCGAGCCCAGAUUGGCGCAUGACGCCACAGACGUGUGAAGGAGGAACCCUACUCUCCAUUUUGGACCCAGGAGAAACUGACCGAAGAUUUGUUCCUUGCUGACAGCUGAAGGAGGAAAGAGGUGGUAGGUAUAAGUGAUCUCUGCAGGACAGCCCUCUUUGUGAGAAGAAGUCAUGAAAGACUCAGAAGGGAAGACUGCACUAAUUGUGGAAUAAUGGAAGAGGGUCUGCAAUCUGAGGCCUGAAGAACUCUGCACGUGGUUCCUAUUUUCUCUUCCUCAAUUCUCUCGGUCUGCAAAAUCAGAGCAGCAAGAACUGGGCGGAUUCUCAAAUUCCCCCUAAGAUGUAUUGUGGUUUCUUUGGUUUUGACUUAGAGUGAUGCGUGAACCUAGAUUUAAAAAUCGUAUUUUAUGGCUUUGCAUGAUGGCAGAACCCAACUGAGGAUGGUUCGUCCAACAAAUCACAGUUAUGCAAGCCACUCUUUUCAUGCAAUGUAUCAGUCACUGAUCUUUUUCUUAAAAUGUGUGUGCACCCAUGUAUAAAAAUCACCUAAGUGCCUUCACGCCAUGCACAAAUGAAGGGCUUCCCCCUCCCUCCCCCAUGACAGUUAGUCCGGAUCAGUGGUUGAAUAUUUCUGGACUUCGCCCACUUUUCUUUUAACAGCCUCUGCACACAUGGUGGGAUAAAGGAGGGAGGUGGCAUUUUAUGUCAUGAUGUCAUCACGCAGAUGAUGCCAUGAUGUAUGUGAUGUCGUGACUUUCCUGGAUGCCUUUGCCUACGCACAUAGCCAGUGUGUCAUAGGGGUAGGUACACAGGGGUAGGUACACAGGAGCCUUUCCAAUGUUGCUAUCACAGCAUCCUUGGUUAUAGCUGGAGGGCCAUGGUUUCCCCACUGUGGAUCUGGGAUCAGAAUAAACCAGGGGCUGAAUAUCUUCAUCAAGAUACAUAAGACAGUGUUCUAUUGUGCCUUAACUUACUUCCAAGGAGUAUAUGAGUAUACAAAUUAUACACUGAACUGUCUUUAUAUUGCAUCGAGCCAUUGACCUAAUCUCCCCAACUGGUUUUUCAAAAUGUUUUUAAUGGUGUUUCUGAGAUCCUUUCUACCUGGAGAAAUUACAGAGAUUUAUCUGGUGA